AUGAAAUUAGGUGACGAAAGAAACAUUGAAGCUCUAGCUAUUUCUAAAUGUCUGCCUGUCUUGCGUCAUCUUAAGCUCAUUUAUAAUAGUAUGACGAAUGUAGGUCUUCAAGCUAUUCUUGAUGGAUGUCGUAAUCUUGAAUCACUUGAUCUACGAGGAUGCUUUCAUGUUAGUCUCGAUAAAGUUUUAAGCAGUAGAAUUUCUCAACAGAUUAAGAACGUGAAGUACCCUCGUGACUCUUUGGUGGCAAUUCAAUCAAGACGCAACAAAAGACAAGGUAGUUUGGGAGCUCGUUGUGAUUUCAUUGGCUCAUCCACUAAUUUGAUAAUGGUGACAUCAACAAGUCUAAUGUUGUUUGCUGGUAGAUUUGGGCUAGCACCAUCAGCAAACAGGAAGGCAACUGCAGGGCUAAAACUUGAAGUGAGGGACUCUGGUUUACGGACAGGGGACCCUGCUGGAUUUACACUUGCUGAUACUUUGGCUUGUGGUACUGUUGGUCAUAUUAUUGGUGUUGGAGUUGUUCUUGGACUCAAAAACAUUGGUGCUCUCUAAAAUUUGUACUA